AGAAGAAGAAGAACAGGAAGCAACUCCGUUUGUAGCGGCAAUGAAAGGACAGCGUGCUACUUCUAAAUUGAGCAAAACACAUAAGUAAAGUGUCCAUUAGCGAGUAUAACUAUUCGGUACAGAGUUAGCAUAAUUCAUUUUUAAAAUUAGAUCACUAGGACUGAGUCGGGAAGAUGUCUUUGGUUUGCGCAAUCUCCAAUGAGGUGCCGGAGCACCCGUGCGUCUCUCCGGUGUCCAACCAAGUGUUUGAGCGCAGGCUGAUCGAGAAGUACAUCGCAGAGAAUGGGACAGACCCGAUGAACGGACAGCCUCUGUCCGAGGAGCAACUCGUAGAUAUCAAAGUGUCCCAUCCUAUUAGACCAAAGGCACCAUCAGCAACAAGCAUUCCUGCCAUUCUCAAGUCCUUGCAAGAUGAGUGGGAUGCCGUCAUGCUUCAUAGCUUCACCUUGCGGCAGCAGCUGCAGACCACUCGCCAGGAACUUUCGCACGCCCUCUACCAACACGACGCCGCCUGCAGAGUCAUUGCUCGACUCACCAAAGAGGUCACCGCUGCCCGAGAAGCUCUUGCCACGCUUAAACCCCAAGCCGGAUUGGUUGCCCCACAGGCAGCCCCUGCCUCCCAGCCAGCUGCAGCAGGUGCUGGUGGAGAGCCUAUGGAGAUUAGUGAACAGGUGGGAAUGACCCCAGAGAUCAUUCAGAAGCUCCAAGACAAGGCUACGAUCCUCACUACAGAGAGAAAGAAGAGAGGAAAAACUGUCCCAGAGGAGCUGGUUAGAGCCGAGGAUCUCAGCAAAUACCGCCAAGUGGCCUCUCACGCCGGUCUUCAUAGUGCCAGUGUGCCUGGUAUUCUGGCUCUGGAUCUGUGUCCCUCUGACACCAGCAAAGUGCUUACUGGUGGAGCUGACAAGAACGUGGUGGUGUUUGAUAAGAACGAGGAGCAGAUUGUGGCCACGCUUAAAGGUCACACCAAGAAAGUCACCUCCGUCAUUUACCAUCCAUCUCAGUCUGUGGUCUUCUCUGCAUCUCCAGACACCACCAUCCGUGUGUGGUCUGUCACCGGGGGCAACUGUGUGCAGGUGGUGCGUGCCCACGAGGCAGGCGUCACUGGACUCUCCCUUCAUGCUACUGGGGACUACCUGCUCAGCUCCUCUGAGGAUCAGUACUGGGCCUUUUCUGACAUCCAAACUGGUAGAGUCCUCACCAAAGUUACUGAUGAAAGCGCUGGAUGCGCUCUCACUUGUGCUCAGUUCCACCCUGACGGACUCAUUUUUGGCACUGGUACUGCUGACUCCCAAAUCAAGAUUUGGGAUCUGAAGGAGCGCACUAACGUGGCCAACUUCCCAGGCCACUCUGGACCCGUCACCUCCAUUGCUUUCUCUGAGAACGGAUACUAUCUUGCCACAGGUGCUCAGGAUAGCUCUCUGAAACUGUGGGAUCUUAGGAAACUGAAGAACUUCAAGACUAUCACUCUUGACAACAACUAUGAGGUGAAGUCCCUUGUGUUUGAUCAGAGUGGUACCUACCUGGCUGUAGGAGGGUCAGACAUCCGUGUCUACAUCUGCAAGCAGUGGUCUGAGGUCCUCAACUUCACAGAUCAUACAGGAUUGGUGACUGGUGUGGCCUUUGGAGAGAACGCUCAGUUCCUGACCUCUGCAGGAAUGGACAGAAGUCUCAAAUUUUACAGCUUGUAGAAAAGGAGAGAUUCAGGAUUCAGGGAGUGGGGGGCAAUGGAGAGGAGGAUAGAACGUGUCUUUGUGUCUGAGCAGCCACUAUCCUGGACACAGUCAUUUUUAGAAAAUGAAAAAAUGAAAAUCACUGCUAACUUUGUUUCUUUUAGUGUUAGUCCUCAAGUCCAAGGAAUAAAUCCUUAAAAUGAUCUGCUCUCUGAAGCCACAGCAGCAUGGUUAGUACGUACAACAUAUUUGUUGGCUGUGUAAGUUCAGAAUGUGAAUGACAUGAAAUCAGAUGCAAAAGCCAGUGUAAAGUUCCUGUCCUGUUUGCCAGCAAUUAUGAUUUUACUGUAGUAUUUUCUUUUUUUUUCUGUGUGUGUGUGGAGGGUCUUCAGUUGCUUGUGAUACAACUCUUAAAGUGUACAUGAUCAGAAACUAAUUGAUCUACUUUGCUUCUUAAUGUAGACCAUCUUCAUUACAGUAUAUGUAGGGUGAAAUUUAAAAUACAUCUGUAGUGAUGUACCGUAAAAAUGGAAGAUGAAGAGGUUUGUGUACUUCUGUGAACAAUUUAGUCAUAUUUAACCUUCCCUAAGUUUCAUUUGCUGUUUCAGUUCCAUUUAAAGCCGUCUUUUUUUUUUCUUCCUCCAAUUGUAUAUUUUUCAUUACCUGCUGUUGUGUCUGUUGCACCUCUGCCCUUUUACAAUAAAAUAAAAAUAUCUUUUAUAUUGCCAUA